UCUCUCUGUCUCUCUCUCUCUCUCUCUGUCUCUCUCUCUCUCCCUCUCUGUCUCUCUGUCUCUCUCUCUCUCUCUCUCUCUCUCUCUCUCUCUCUCUCUCUCUCUCUCUCUCUCUCUCUCUAUCCCUCCCUUCCGCUUUCCUAAAAAAUAACUGCGCAACUACCAGCCACAUUUCUUCAGCUGAAAAGAACUCGAUAGAUUUUUAACCAUAAAAGCAGUCUACAGGAGCAGGCAGGAUGGCUGUCACAAUCACCAAGUCUGAGGGCAGAACUGUAAUCACUCUGAGCUCUGACACCCAAAGUGUUUUUCCUCCUCUGUGCCAAAUCCUCAAAAGCCUGUGCUUCAACCCCAUGUGCUGCUCCGUGUCCCAGCACAUGAGGAGGAUCCAGAGAACUUCUCAGACAGUACUGGGGACUCUGCAAAUUAUGGUUGGGUUGUUCAACAUCGGCAUUGGUGUGAUCUUUUGUUUUGCUCGCAUGCGGAGCAUUGACUGGUUUCCCUUUUGGUUGGGACCAUUGUUCAUGUUGUUUGGCAUCAUUUCAAUGUUGUCUGAGAAGUACCCCAGUCCAUGUCUGGUCAUCGUCAAUGUUAUUCUGAAUCUAGCAGGAGUUGGUUUUGCCAUUACAGCCAUCACACUCUACAGCAUCAGUAUGGCAGACAUUUGGCUGUGGUGGAUGUGUGAGGAUGAUUAUGGUUACCAUCAUAGUACCUCUUCAUCUUCUGGGGAUGAAAUAAUGAAGGAAAAAUGCGUGGCAGCCAAAAACCUGGCUUUGAUGCUGCUGAGGAGCUUGAACGGUAUGAUGAUUGUCCUCUCAGUCCUGGAGCUCUGCGUCGCCAUCAGCUCCGUCGUUCUGGGGAUCAAGGCUCUGAAGACAAGGGACAAGGAGGUAGGGAUGAUUGAGGAACCUGAACAGUACAAACCCCUUCUGGUGGAAAACCCUGGCUACCCCGAGGUCUAGCUGAAGAAUCCUGCUUUUUGCUGUCAGUCACCAGGUAUUAUAAUCAAACAAUUGAUUGAAUUUUCUGUAAUGAUUUAAUCAAACUCAUCUGGUCCCUUCGCUGCCAAUCUUCUGGAUAAUUUCCUACAUGUUUUGUUUAAAAAAGGUUUGCACUUAUUUUUAGUAUUUUAGAUAAUAUGCUUUUUCUGUCUAUUUCUUCUGUGUAAAUGUUUUAAAGCUGUUGCAGUUGAUUAUGAUUUCUAUUGAAUAAGGUGCCUUAGCUUGUUUGGAGGUAAAUGGGAGGUGCAUGUGUGAAAUUGAUAUACUGAAAGGUUUUCUUUGCUAUUUUGCAAUAUUAAGUCAUGUUAAAAAAAAUGAUGUAAUCGAAACUGUUGAGUAUCACUAUAAAAACACUUGCUCUGUU